CCCUCCCUCUCUCCCUCCCUCCUUGCCUGCCUGAGUAAUGAGCCUGUCCUAGCACGAGAUAAUGAAAAGGAGAGAGCAGGCAGAGCGGCCGGCCGGCUUCCGCCGCUUGGAGUGCCUUCCCUUCCCUCGGUCCACGCUCAGAUGCUUGCCUCUUCAACUAGCAGCAGCAGCAGCAGCAUCCAGGGCAGCCGCCUGGCGAGGGAAGGCGGGAGGGAGCCUCUCGCCUUGAUUGGCGAAGAGCUCCGCCGCCCCUUCGAGCUGCGCGGGUGUUCCCUGGCUGGCCAGCGCUUGCCUGCCGCCCGCCCUCUUCCUUUGCCCGGCACCAGCCAGUAAGUAGCUCCCGAAAGGGCGGGCGGCGGCGGCGGCGCCUGCAGAGCAGCAUCGCGGCGGCCGCGGGUCCACGCCAGCAUGUCCAGCAAGGGCAAGAGGACCAAGGAGCAGGGCAGCCGAGUGACCUUCCCCCUCCAGCAGCAGCAGCAGCAAGGAGGCGACGACGGGGAGGACGAGGGGGCGCCCGAAGCGGAGCAGCAGCGCUCCAGCCGGGGCUGGAGGGGAGUCAAUGGGGGGCUGGAGCCCCUCCAGCAGCAGCAGCAGCAGGCGGUGAAAACCCACCGGGAAACCUACGGCUGCUACCCGCCCUCGCCGAUGCUGGGCAGCAUGACCAUUGAUGGAAGCCCUUCUUUGAGACGCAUGACUGUGAUGAGGGAAAAGGGAAGGCGGCAAGCAAUCAGAGGUCCAGCUUUUAUGUUCAACGAGAGGGGCACAAGUCUUACGGCAGAGGAAGAGCGCUUUCUGGACGCGGCAGAGUAUGGGAACAUCCCUGUGGUACGCAAAAUGCUGGAAGAGUCAAAAACUUUGAAUGUCAACUGUGUCGACUACAUGGGCCAAAAUGCCUUGCAGCUCGCUGUGGGGAACGAACAUUUGGAAGUGACAGAACUUCUGUUGAAGAAGGAGAACCUGGCACGGAUCGGAGAUGCCCUGCUGCUUGCAAUUAGCAAAGGGUAUGUCCGGAUUGUGGAAGCAAUCUUGAAUCAUCCCGGGUUUGCAGCUAGCAAGCGGCUGACUCUGAGCCCGUGUGAGCAGGAGCUCCAGGACGAUGACUUUUAUUCUUACGAUGAAGACGGCACCCGAUUCUCCCCAGACAUCACACCCAUCAUUUUAGCAGCCCAUUGUCAGAAGUAUGAGGUGGUGCACAUGCUGUUAAUGAAAGGGGCGAGGAUAGAGAGACCUCACGAUUAUUUCUGCAAGUGCAACGAUUGUACUGAGAAACAAAAGCAUGAUUCUUUCAGCCAUUCCAGGUCAAGGAUAAAUGCAUACAAGGGACUGGCAAGUCCUGCCUACCUGUCUCUGUCCAGCGAAGACCCGGUUCUCACUGCUCUAGAACUCAGUAAUGAGCUUGCUAAACUGGCUAAUAUUGAAAAAGAAUUCAAGAAUGACUAUCGCAAGCUGUCUAUGCAAUGCAAGGAUUUUGUGGUUGGCGUCCUUGAUCUCUGCCGAGACUCUGAAGAGGUAGAAUCCAUUCUAAAUGGAGAUUUGGAGGCUGAGCCAGUUGAAACACAAAGGCACAGAGCUUCAUUGAGUCGUGUCAAACUGGCAAUUAAGUAUGAAGUCAAAAAGUUUGUGGCCCAUCCAAACUGUCAGCAACAGCUGUUGACCAUCUGGUAUGAAAACCUCUCAGGACUACGGGAACAGGCCAUUGCGAUCAAGUGUCUAGUUGUGCUGGUGGUAGCACUGGGCCUCCCAUUUCUUGCCGUUGGGUACUGGAUUGCACCAUGUAGCAGGCUUGGAAAAGUUCUCAGAAGUCCAUUUAUGAAGUUUGUGGCACAUGCAGCCUCCUUCAUUAUUUUCUUGGGUCUGCUGGUGUUCAACGCUUCAGACAGAUUUGAAGGGGUCACAGUAUUACCCAACGUGACAGUUACUGAUUACCCUAAACAGAUUUUUAGGGUUAAGACCACUCAGUUCAGUUGGACAGAGAUGCUGAUCAUGGUAUGGGUGCUUGGCAUGAUGUGGUCCGAGUGCAAGGAGCUCUGGACAGAAGGACCCCGGGAAUAUAUUUUGCAGCUGUGGAACGUUCUGGAUUUUGGGAUGUUGUCUAUUUUCAUUGCCGCUUUCACAGCAAGGCUGCUGGCCUUUCUGCAGGCGACAAAAGCACAGCAGUAUGUGGACAACUUCAUUCAAGAGCCUGACCUCUCUGAAGUCACACUUCCACCAAACAUAGAAUAUUUCACUUACGCUCGAGAUAAAUGGCUUCCAUCUGAUCCGCAGAUCAUAUCAGAAGGUCUUUAUGCAAUAGCUGUUGUGCUUAGCUUCUCUCGGAUAGCUUAUAUCCUGCCUGCGAAUGAGAGUUUUGGCCCAUUGCAGAUUUCCCUUGGAAGGACCGUAAAAGACAUUUUCAAGUUUAUGGUCCUUUUUAUUAUGGUAUUCCUUGCCUUUAUGAUUGGGAUGUUCAUAUUGUACUCCUAUUACCUUGGAGCCAAAGUAAACGCAGCAUUUACGACAGUUGAAGAAAGCUUUAAGACCUUAUUUUGGUCAAUUUUUGGCUUAUCGGAGGUCACGUCAGUUGUCCUCAAAUAUGACCACAAAUUCAUUGAGAAUAUUGGCUACGUGUUGUAUGGAAUAUACAACGUAACAAUGGUUGUGGUUUUACUCAACAUGCUGAUUGCCAUGAUCAACAGCUCCUAUCAAGAAAUUGAGGAUGACAGUGAUGUGGAGUGGAAAUUUGCUCGCUCUAAGCUCUGGUUAUCAUACUUUGAUGAUGGGAAAACCCUGCCGCCUCCAUUCAGUCUUGUCCCAAGCCCCAAGUCUUUUGUUUAUUUCUUUAUAAGGAUCAUUAAGUUAUUUAAGUGCAGGCGGAAAAGACUACAGAAGGAUAUGGAACUGGGAAUAGGCAACUCAAAAUCCAGGCUCAAUCUCUUUUCUCAAUCCAACUCGAGGGUUUUUGAAUCACACAGCUUUAAUAGCAUUCUCAAUCAGCCAACACGCUAUCAGCAAAUCAUGAAGAGACUUAUAAAACGUUAUGUUCUGAAAGCACAAGUAGACAAGGAAAAUGAUGAAGUCAAUGAGGGUGAACUUAAGGAAAUUAAGCAAGAUAUCUCCAGUCUUCGCUAUGAACUCCUUGAAGACAAGUCUCAAGCAACAGAGGAGUUGGCAAUUCUCAUCCAUAAACUCAGUGAGAAACUCAACCCAAAUUUAACGAGAUGUGAAUGAUCUCAAAUCCCUGGAUUUUGACCACAGCACAAGUAUUGGCAAUAAUAUUUAUGAGUGACUUAUACUUGAAAAUGUAUUGUAGAUUUUUAGCACUAAAUAACUUUAUGUACAGCUUUAUUUGAAAUACAGUCUUAGAAGAUUUUAUGAAUUUACAUGCAAAAAACCCAGUUUAUUUAAUGUGUAUUAUAAAGGAUAUUUUGCAUUUAUUUAAUAAGGUGCAAUUGUAUCUAAACAAUCUUGCAUUGCAAAUAGUUUUAUCAAUAAAAUGUAUAUCAUUUGCACUGAACAAAGAAAAAACAACACUGAAGACUAGGGCUGCAAUCCUAAACCGGUUUACUAGGGAGGUAAACAAGUUUAGGAUUGUACUGCAUAUGUCCUCCACCUCCACCAUGCUGAUGGGAGAUGUAGUAACCAAAAUAAAGCCAGCUCAGUGAAAGACUACUUGAAAGUACUUUGCAUAUGAUCCAGUUAAAAUUAAAGCACGUUGAACUCCCAUUGAUUUCAGUGGCAUGCGCUUCUCACACUGAUGUAAAAAACAAACACAGCACAAUCCUGUGCAUGUUUCCUUGGAAGCAAGUCCCCAACGUUUAGUGGGCCUUAGAUUGCAAUCUUAUACAUGCUUCCACUCAACUCACUGGAGCUUAUUUUGGAGUGGACACGUAUAGGAUUGCACUGCUGCUUCCUAGUAUGGAUACUUGGACUAACCUUUUUAAGUGCUUAACUUUCACUGGAUCACACCCCUUGAUUUAUCAGCUUUCUUAAGAAACAAGCCAUGGCAUGGACAACUGAAUGUUUAAUAGUGAAGAUAAAAAUGCGGCUAUAAUAGUAAUAGUGCCGUUAAAAUUACCUAUACCUAUAUAAGUUUGCAUAUUUGCUUUCAGAAUAGGAAGUAUUUUUUUUUUACUUCUAACUAAUGUGAACUGUCAAAAUAUACAUUUUCAUGUGGUGAAGAUGAUUUUUUAAAAUUUAAGAUACUAUGCAGGGCUGAUAUUUUGUUACAUUUGUUCUAAAUAAUGCCUCUGAUGCGUACUUGUUAAAUAAAAUAUUCAUACUUUA